AAGGGGGAAGCCGGACCACAAGGUCGUCCUGGUGCAGAGAUGAGUGAAGAUGUGUUGAAAGUGUAUUUUUCUCCAGUCAAGGGACUGACAGAGAGGAUGAAACAACUGGAGGAUUGGAAAGAAGAGUGGACAAAGAAUGAGAGUAGAAUGAAUGAGAGUAGAGUGACUGUUGCAGCACAUCUUGUAGGAUCAUAUGGUAGUUGGGUUACUAUAUCAGGUGUGAUAACCUACUGGCAAACAAGCAGUCCAUCAUUCUUACUGGGUGGCAUCACAUACAGCACUGGAGCUCUUACAAUUCCAUCUGAUGGUGUUUACUAUAUUUAUACACAUCUCUACUUACACCAAAAUAGUGGCAGUUAUAUUACACCUUACAUCAGAGUAAAUGGCAAACGUGUUUUACUCAUCCAAAGUUACCAUGCUCAUAGUGAACACAAAACCAAGCAUGCUGGUCUACUUCAGCAGCUGAGAAAAGAUGAUAGCGUUGACAUACAUGGUGGAGGACAUCAACACCACAUGGGCUUUGCUCAUUCGGAUUUUGGUAUUUUUAAGAUCCACUAGCUGGGAACAUGUUGUUGACAAUGAGAAUGUCAAUUACCUAAGUGAUAAGUGUGAGUGUCAAAUGACUGUCCACCUGAUCUUGAUAUAAUAAAUAGUUGUGACUGUUUAUGUUGGACUGUAGUGUGACCAUUCAACCCUAAUUUGUGUUUGUAGUUUCAUUUCUGUUUAGUUCCAUUUCUAUAUUAUUAACAAUAAAUGUUCAUCUCUU